GAUUGGCUGUUUGCUUCGUGGCCUGGCAACCAGAAGAGGCUUUACUAAACAGACGGACCCCCUACCAGCUAGCAUCUAAGCUAACUCCAACCGCUAGCUGCCUACGGUUUCAGGAGAGAUUCAACCGUCCACGUACCAUCAUGUCUUCAAGAACUCUGCCUCUGCUAUUCAUCAACCUCGGCGGAGAAAUGCUGUACAUCCUGGACCAGCGGCUGCGAGCUCAGAAUAUCCCUGCCGACAAAGCUAAGAAAGUAAUGAAUGACAUCAUCAGCACCAUGUUCAACAAAAAGUUCCUAGAAGAGCUUUUCAAGCCGCAGGAGCUUUACUCCAAGAAGGCCCUGCGGACUGUGUUCGACAGGCUCGCCCAUGCCUCAAUAAUGAGACUCAAUCAAGCUAGCAUGGACAAGCUCUAUGACUUGAUGACCAUGGCUUUCAAGUACCAGGUGCUUCUCUGUCCCCGACCGAAGGACAUCCUCCUCGUCUCCUUCAACCACAUGGAUGCAAUCAAAGACUUUGUGAAAGACAUUCCCAGCAUUCUGGCCCAGGUCGAUGAGACGUACCAACAGCUAAUACAGAUUUAUACAACCUUGUUUAGUGGGGAAUUCCAGCUGAUCAGACAAACUCUCCUUAUCUUCUUCCAAGACAUGCAUAUAAGAGUGUCUAUUUUCCUCAAGGAUAAAGUGCAGAACUCCAAUGGCCGCUUUGUGCUUCCCACCAGUGGUCCUGUGCCGUGUGGAACACAAGUCCCUGGCUUGAUAAGGAUGUUUAGCUGUACUGGUAAAGAGACGACCAGGCUGCAGUUCAGUAAUGGAGGAAACUAUUCCGCUGCUCUCCGGGAGGGGUCAUUCGAGAUAUUUGGAGACAGGGUCACCAAACUAGGCACAAACAUGUACAGUGUAAGCCGCCCAGUGGAAACCCACAUGUCAGGAGCAUCAAAAAAUUCCACUCAGCAUGCUAAGAUCAACACUGCUCCCAACCCUCUGGCCAAAGAGGAACUGAAUAUGUUGGCCAGGUUAAUGGGAGGGUUAGAAGUUCAGAAACCAGGAAAUGCAGAGAGCGGUUUCCGAGUCAACCUCUUCGCCACCGAUGAGGAAGAAGAGGAGGCAUUAAUAUCAAGACCCGAUGAGCUUUCAUAUGGAGUCAUUAAAAUCCAAGCAACAAAGGACCAGCAGGCCAGUGCAGAGCUGGCCAAGAUCAUGGGGGAGUUUACAGAGUCUGGAGAUCAAUCUCCCAGUGCCAGCAGCAAGGGAGACGACCUUCUGGCCAUGAUGGACGGGCUGUGACAUGGUCACCGUGACAGAAAUGCCCAGAGGGUGGGUCACAAUGCAUCGUCAACAGUCCGUUCUACUGUAGACCAGUCUGCCGUCUGUACCUGCAUACACAGCAGAAACCUCACAUGCAGCCUGGAAAAACCUUCUUCUUUGGGUGUUUUUUUAAAAUGCAGACGUAAGAAGGCGUUUCCAUUGGUUGGACCGACCGCAAACUUCAAAUGUGCAUAGUUUACAUUAACGAAUGUGGUGAGUAUGUUUGCUGUAAACUGAAAAAGUAAAGGUAUGAUGGGAUGAUUGUGGGGGUAAUUGGAGGAAACCCAAGUGCUCUUUUGAAUGAGAUUUUAAAUUCCCUCAAAUCUGUAUUUUAGUAAGAUGUAUAUGUACCUUGCAUCACACUGUACUACCUUAAAACAGUACAAGAGGAGCAACUGGUUAGAUAUUUUCCACGACCCUGCGAUGUCUCAAGUGUUGAGCUAUAGUACGGAAAUGUGCUCCUUGACGAGUAUGUUAUUAUGAUAUAGAGUAAUGCAAUAAGUUAUUGUCUAAUAUGUAAAUAUGUUUACUUGCAUACUUUAUUUAUUUGAAUGUAUAAUUUUCUGAAAAUAGAGAAAAGUGUUGUUAAAUUGUUGUAUGUGCGAUGUAUCAUUUUUAAUAAAUAAAUAGAUGAAAAACA